AUGGUGCUAUUCUCUUCUCCAGGCUUCUCAGAGUCCUCGCUCAUCAGAAUUCCACUAUAUCAUAAUCGGAUGCUCGAAGAGCAGGCACUCCACGCGAGCGGAUACCUUGAGGCGUGCGAUCUUUCCACCUCGCCGUCCUCUCCCUGCCUUCUACGCGCUGCUGCUGCUUGCAGCAUGGUUCUAUUCUCUUCUCCAGGCUUCUCAGAGUCCUCGCUCAUCAGAAUUCCACUAUAUCAUAAUCGGAUGCUCGAAGAGCAGGCACUCCACGCGAGCGGAUACCUUGAGGCGUGCGAUCUUUCCACCUCGCCGUCCUCUCCCUGCCUUCUACGCGCAGCUGCUGCUUGCAGCAUGGUGCUAUUCUCUUCUCCAGGCUUCUCAGAGUCCUCGCUCAUCAGAAUUCCACUAUAUCAUAAUCGGAUGCUCGAAGAGCAGGCACUCCACGCGAGCGGAUACCUUAUUCUCUUCUCCAGGCUUCUCAGAGUCCUCGCUCAUCAGAAUUCCACUAUAUCAUAA